AUGGAAAUUCCAAAAUGUGAAAUGCCAGGAAUACCGAUCGAUGCGGAAAAUCUAGAAAUAAUAGAAACUCCUUCGCUGUUUUAUGAGAAACUUCUUGAACUGACAUCGAAAACUGAGAGAAGAUUAGCAUUGAGUAGUUUAUAUUUGGGAGAAGGAGAACUCGAAAAGAAUUUAGUGAAGAAAAUCAGAGAAAGAAUGGAACAAAUCGAUAUUGAAGUGACAAUUCUCUUGGAUUUAUUGAGGGGAACGAGGAAAAGUUCAGAGGGAGAGAGCAGUGUAACUGUGCUGAAACCUAUUGCAGACAAGGCGAAGAUCUUUCUCUACCACACCCCUGAAUUGAAUGGUCUCGUCAAACGAAUUCUUCCUCAGAGAGCCGAUGAAAUCAUUGGAUUACAACAUAUGAAAUUGUAUAUUUUUGAUGAUAACGUCCUUAUUAGUGGUGCAAAUCUAUCGGAUUCCUACUUCACCGACCGUACUGAUCGAUGGUUUUUAUUCAAAAAUUGCAAGCCACUAGCAGAUUUUUUCCAUGAAAUAAUAAUGACAGUUGGAGACACCAGUUUCAUUGUCACAAAUGAUCAAGUUGUGCCCAGUUCGAAGUGUGAUAUUCAUCCGUAUCUCGGAGGGGCUCAGUCUUAUAGAGAUCUGCUGAAAUUACGUGUUGAAACUGUAAUCGAAAAGUAUAAAGAAUCACGAAAAAACCAGGAAAAAACAGAGUCGGAGACGUGGAUUUAUCCGGUUUUACAAAUGGGAUUACUCGGAAUUCAUCAAGAAUUUCAACUUUUGAAUCAGAUUUUUGCGAUGAAAAACAGCGAAAUGAAGAUGACAAUGGCCUCCGGAUAUUUCAAUUUUAUUCGCGAUUAUGAGGAUUUGAUUCUGAUGGAAGGAGAUUAUCGAUUGGAUAUUUUGACGGCUUCUCCGUUUGCCAAUGGAUUCUUCGAAUCAAAAGGAUUCUCCAAAUACAUUCCCCCUCUCUACUCGAAUAUUUCCGAACAAUUUCUUCUGAAACAACAAAGAAAUAAUCGUCAAAAUGUCCAAAUGCAUCAAUCUUUUCGUGAAGGAUGGACAUUUCACGCGAAGGGAUUAUGGGCGGAGCAUAAUAAUCAAAUUAUGACACUAAUUGGAUCCUCUAAUUAUGGUUACCGAUCCGUCCACCGAGAUCUCGAAGCUCAAAUAAUGGUCGUCACAAAAGAUCCGAAGCUCGUCGAUCGGUUACGAGAAGAGAAAAAUCGGUUAUUCGAAUACUCGUCGCUGCUGGAUAUGGCUGCUCUCCAGCAACCAGAACACCAUAUUCCACCAAUUGUUCGUGUCAUUUCGAGACUUGUUCGAAGUUUUUUGUAG